UCAACAUGGGGAAGACAAUGAGACAUUUGAAUCUGAUAUGUUUUCUUUGUUUAUUGGACGUUUUGCAUGGAUAUAAUUGUCCAUCUUCUAUGUUACUGAAGAAAAACUGCACAGUAAAAAUACUACACUGUUUGCCUGUUUAUCCUAAUUGGACCAAGUAUGUGUUGGUGUGUAGUGUAGCAAAGUCAUUUGUAUCCGGAACAUGCCCAGUUUAUUUCAAAGUGGAAAGGUUAAUAACAUCAGUUCCAUGUCCUCCUAUUUACUACACCGAUGAAAUUUACAGAUCAAAUCAAAAGGCGGUUCCAAAGUUAAAACAAAACUGUACUGAAGAAGGACAGCAAACACUCUUUACCAAUUCUACAGUAAAUAAUCAAUGCUACUGUGUAGAAGAUUAUUCUUUUCAAAGCAAUGAUACAUACUGUGAUCCAACUUUUAGAAAUUGUACUUGUCACAGGAACACAACAGGAGGCAUACACAUUGAUGCCAGUUCUAAUUUAUGGAAUAUUCUAGGUCCAGUGGUUGCAGUUACUAGCGGGAUAGUAUUAUUAUUAAGUAUUGCAGGUUUGCGCCGGAAAUGCAGAAAGCAAAAGGUGAAAAUAUCAGAUCCUACAGGAGACGAAGAGCUUAUUAUUCCUGAUGAAAAUAAUGAAAGUCGUGUCAUAGAUGUUACAGCGUAUGAUAUAAUAGCCAAUACGGAACAAAGCUAUUCAAGUAUUCAAGCAACACAAGAUGAACAUCACACUGUUGACUGUUUUGAUACACAAACAGUUGAACGUCUUCCCUUAUGCUCACCAAAUUACUCCACGGACAUCAAAGAUAACGCAAACUCAACUGAAAUGGAUUUGCUUGGUUUUACCCUGAAACCUUCUGGAACGAUUAUAUUAAAUAAAAUAGCGGACAGUGAUGAUUUGUGAUAUUUUAUGGACUCAAUGACACAAAAACAAAUUUGAAGGAUCUAGGUUUACGACAAACAGUCGUGACAAAUAUGGAAUAUGCGUAUCAAAUGCGAAAUUUCAAAACCAGAAAGCGUUCGUUUCCUUAUUUAAGUAUCUAUAUGAGACCAAGAGGCUUAGGACUUGAGAGGCACCACCAUUUCGUAAACUUUACAAACCCUAUUGCGUGUGUUUUAAAGGAGAUAUAACAAGUGUUUCAAUGUUUGUUUCAAAACUAAUUUACAUUAACAGUCCCCGCAAAGUAUAUCGAUAGUGUUCCGUCAUUAGUGCAAAUCAAUCAUAUUGACAGUGCAAUUUAUUUUUGAUUAUUGACAAACAAAAUGCAUGACUGGUGACAAUGAUGAAUAUAUACUGAUUAUUUGUGAUGUUGAAGAAUGCAGCAAUAGAAUAAAGAAAAGCUGUGGGAGUUUUAGUUUUCGAAAUGAUCCGCGGACCAUGAAUGCUCAGAGUUGGGACUUAUUACCAACCUCAAAGUACAGAAUAUGUUCCUCCCAUAUAUUUAGCAAGAAUGUUGAGAUAUGAAGCACGCCUUACAAUGAGGCCAUCGUAUGUCACAGAUGUGCGGUACAAACUAUUCCGCAAUUAUUGGUCUGACUAAAGGUUAAAAUUAAGCUAGUGAUGGCACGCCACAUGAGAAGAUAAAACAUAGUUAUUACGCAAUGUUACCUCAUACACUUCGAAUUUGUGUAAAUCCGUGGUCACCAUCCGAGUAUGCAAGUGUGUUAGAAGUAUAGCUCUGAUACACAAUUUUUUAUAUUUAUUUCAUACCGUGUUCGCUUACGAAAAAGCAGAUUCAUAUUUUGAUACCUCAUCAUUUGCUUUUUAUUUCUGAUAUUUGUAUUACACAAUGAUAAUCAAUCUUUCUUGAGACAGACAAAAUACUAUUCCCA